ACUGACUUUUUAUUGCUGGGCGAUUGUUCUAGAGGCCUGGUGGCCGAGACAUCCGGCGGACAGGAAGAGAUGAGCGACUCCAAGCUGCAGUCGCUGUUCUUCGUCACCAUCCCAGACUUGCAGAGCCUCUGUGCCGUCAGGGUGACACUGCGCCCCCCGGGAGCGGACACUGCGGUCAGGAGCACGCAGCUGAAGGUGUGCAGGCAACUGCUGUUGUUACACCAAGAUAUUCUUGCAUCGCCUAUACCUGGAAUAUUUAGCCAAAUUUGGGUGGUGAUGGCGAUACCAUUUUAUAAAGCUGGGAAGCUUAAUGCCUAUCUCGAAAAACAUGGAGCUAAGGCAGAGGCGCCACAAAGGGUCAUCCCUGUGAUUCUUCAGAACUGCCUUUCGUACUCGCUCACGGCCAGGCUCGCCCCAGCCUGGAACAAGACUGGCCACCUCCUGGUGCAAGGAAGAGAGUUUCUUUCUCAGAUGGGAAAGCAAAAUGCUGUUGUAUUAGCCAUCAAUGUAACAGAAACUCAAGUUUGUCUGAGCAUAGAAGCUUACACAAUCAGACUGCCGCCACCUGAGCUGCAAGAAUUCGGCAUUUCCCAAAGUGUCAUAAAGGACUUCGAAAGUCACAAGAGUGCCGUCAUUGAGGGACACGCGAUUUUGAGCGGCGAGUGCUACGUUCUGCCAAGCAUGAAACGGGGGCAGAUACUCAGCGUUCUUCGGGCCGCACCUCCCGACUGCCCCUUCCACACGUACGCAGACUUCCAGACGCACUGGGAUGACCUGUACGGCUACAAACUCCCAGAGGCCCCCGGAGGGGCCGAAGUGUACUGCAGCGUCCGCUUCUGGAUGCCAGGAGGGAGGCCCUUCACCUACCCGCUCCGCUGCGUCAGGAGUCAGCCCGUGCAGUUCUUCCCGAGGGUGGAUUUGGACGGUGUGCUGAGAAGUUUUCUUUCCGAUGUGAAGUCCAAACUGCCCCAUAUCUGCGGAUUUCCCAUCAAGAUGACGACGAAGUCGUGCUACUGCACCCAGGAACUGACGACGCCACGUGUACAGGAAAACAAAAUCAGGCCGCCCAACCUGACCUCGAAACAAACGUUCCCGUGCUCUCUGACUCGGGCCCCCUCCACGGGACCCCCCCUGGCCCAACACCUCCCACCGCGCUCGGUAGCCACGGGCCACGAGGUGCAGCUUCCGGUCAGCCGGCAGGGGCCCUGCGGGUCCGCCGCCCCGCCUCCCCAGCCAGACCCCGCCCCGAGCAGAGACACCGCCCUGUCCGACCUGGCGCCGCGCGGACAUCUGGAAGCACCGCAGCCCACCAGAGGAGGCGCUCAAGUCCAAGACACACAUUUUAGCUCCCAGAGGAACUCGGCCCCUAAAGUCAUCCCCGUCUUCAGAAACCGGUCAGUGCCGGUGAACGAAAAGGACUUGGAGCCCGGCAGCCUGAGAAGGAAACAACACGUCACACACCCAGACUCCAAACCGACAUUAGAAUCUCAGCUGUUUUUGCCUAAAACCAACAUGAUCCAGAAUGACAAGCCCAAUUUAGACCCAGCUAUCACAAAACGAUUUAAUCCUAACCCUCAGAUGAAGGCUUGGAAUUUAAAGCAGAAGGCUUCCAGACCUCUGCGAGAAAAAGGGACCGAGCCCUGCGACGAUGGGACGAAACACCCCCCUUUCAAUGGAAAGUCGUCCGCUGCGGGGGCCAGUGGGAGGCGGCCCCGCGCUGGCCAUGCAGGGCUUCGGACGUCAGAGGAGGAUUCGGGUGUGGUACGGAGUGCUGCUGACGGCCAGGGGAACGAGGGAGCCGUGCACGUCCCCAUAACACGCACAUGCGCAGCCCAAAUUCUAGGGAAGGGACACGAGCCACUAAAAGUGAAAAGACCACACAUCUUUGAAUCCGACACGGAAAUGGAAGAUGCCCAACUACUACAGCAUCGGUCAGUAAAUCCAACCAGAGAAGGUGAUGUCAGUGACCACAGGCUGGUCAUGAGUGGGACAGCCCACAGGCUCGGAGGAGCAGGACUGCGUCAGGGGUCUUCGGAGACCGCAAGGCAGCCUGGCGCCAGGGACACCCGUCAGCGACGACCCAGGUCCCCUGGGAUCCAGAUACGGGACUUGGACAAAUCAAAACCCAGGAGACCUCUCCUCAUCCCUUGGGCUCAACAUGGAUGCAAAAGCAGGGAAUGUCCAUCAGAGAAAGCUACUACUGGGAGCGGUGAGCAGGCGCGCGCGCACUCCGGCGGACGGGAGCUAGGCCCCUCCCGCGGCGGCGGCCCCUUCUGCCUGGCAGCCCCGCUUCUCACGGUCGCCCGCGUGGUCCACGCGAGCGAGCACCGUUGGUGGCCUGCUGCUCACCGACACCGGCGCUCUUCCCGGCUCUUCGCCACAGCGGCAGCGUCCGGCGGUGGUCUCGUACGGGUGUCCACAGAUGCCCGCGUGCCCGUGCUGGUCGUCGUCCCACGGAAGAGCACAUCAGCCAACGCGGGCAAGGGCCACCCGGACGCAGCCCCAGCUCCCCAGGUGCAGGCGGGGCGCCCUCGCUCCGGACGGCGACAAACGAGGACCGACUUCCUCCGACCAGACCUGGACGCCAGCGCAACCCGAAGAGACUGUGGAAACUGUGGGCCAGCGGCCGCUUCCGCCCAGGGCUCAGACGGCACGACCAAGGGCAGGAGGGGGCAGUUCCUACAGGGCCGGCCGCCAGCCGCCCAGGGGCUGCCGGACUGGAAGUCGUCCUGGAGCUCUGAGGACUUCCUGCAGACCAGCCGGGCGGAAGGAGGACAGAACCGAGCUCACGGAGUGGACAGCCGGGAGCCCGGCGAGUGGGUGGCCCGGAGAAGCCCCCAGAAGAGGCUGGGACCGGAUAUCCCCCUGGAGGCCCCGGGAGACAGCCACCCUCCCACACGGCUUCAGAGGUGGACUCUGAAGGAACAGAGCUGGAAUUAUGAAGAAGUGGCUGUCGAUGCUGCCAUUGUUACCACAGCCCCCUGGCACCUGCAUUUCUCCAGAGCCCCAGGACGCCGGGCUCACAUCCGCCCCGAGCACAGGUGUGUCAGACACCAGGCGCACCUGCCGCGGGAGGAAGGCGGGAGGCCUGGAGCCCAGCAGCCGGUCCCCAGCGAGGCCCCGGCCGAGGCCACGGGCAGUGCAGCGGCUGGAGACAGGGCCCGGCGCCCGGCCCCCCGCAGCCGCCGAGUGCUCUGCAGCUUCGGGGUGGACGGGCGCCGCCGGCGCGCUGAGCGAGGCUUGGCGGCCCCUCUGCGCGCGGUGUGCAGCCCCCGCGCUAACCGGAGACGCCUCUACCGGGAGCGUCCCCGCGCACGCUGUUUCCGCCGAUAG